UGUGGUCUUCCCGAAAUAAACACCUUCGUAUGCUACUGUACUCCCAAAGGCCACACAAAUUAGUUACACAUCACUCUCCGUCAUCACUGCUCAGUUUCACCGGCGCACGACGCCAUUUUCCGGCAAACCAUCAACCAACCCCAUGGCUCUGAAGUCCUUCAUCGAUGUUCAUCCCAACUCUCACUUCCCCAUACAGAAUCUUCCCUACGGAGUAUUCAAGCCUGAGCCAAGUUUAGCUCCUCGACCGGGCGUAGCAAUCGGUGACUACGUCCUCGACCUCUCUGAGAUCGCCUCCGCUGGUCUAUUCGAUGGUCCGAUCCUCAAGAACUCCUCCGAUUGUUUUCAGCAGCCUAAUCUAAACAAGUUGUUGGCAUUGGGACGACCUGCAUGGAAGGAAGCCCGAACCACUCUGCAAAAGCUAUUAUCAUCUACUGAACCAAAAUUACGUGAUAAUGCAAAUUUGAGGCAGAAAGCACUCGUUCCAGUGAACAAGGUGGAAUUGCUUCUUCCUAUUGCCAUAGGGGAUUACACGGAUUUCUUUUCCUCAAUGCAUCAUGCAAAGAAUUGCGGCACCAUGUUUCGUGGACCAGAGAACGCGAUUCCACUCAACUGGUUUCACCUUCCCAUUGCAUACCAUGGGCGAGCAUCAUCUGUUGUAAUCUCUGGAACGGACAUUAUUCGACCGAGAGGUCAAGGUCAUCCAAGUGGCAACUCUCCACCAUAUUUUGGACCAACAUUGAAGUUAGACUACGAGCUGGAAAUGGCUGCUGUAGUUGGUCCAGGAAAUGAACUUGGAAAGCCUGUGAAUGUGAAUGAGGCAGCAGAUCAUAUUUUUGGGCUUGUGUUGAUGAAUGACUGGAGUGCAAGAGACAUUCAGGCGUGGGAAUAUAUUCCUCUUGGGCCAUUCCUUGGUAAAAGUUUUGGUACUACUAUAUCUCCUUGGAUUGUGACUCUUGAAGCUCUAGAACCUUUUGCUUGUGCUGCUCCCAAACAGGAUCCCCGUCCAUUGCCUUAUCUGGCUGAAAAAGUCUCUAAAAAUUAUGACAUUCAGUUAGAGGUUGAAAUCAAACCUGCUGGCGCAAAGGAUUCAACUGUGGUCACCAAGAGUAAUUUCAAUCACUUAUAUUGGACAUUGACUCAACAGAUAGCACAUCAUACUAUUAAUGGUUGCAACUUGAGACCUGGCGAUCUCCUGGGAACCGGAACCAUUAGUGGACCUGAGCCAGAGUCCUUGGGAUGCUUGUUAGAGUUGUCAUGGAAUGGACAGAAGUCACUGUCAUUGAAAGGGGCAACCCGUAAAUUCCUAGAAGAUGGUGAUGAAGUUAUCAUCACUGGUUUUUGCAAGGGAGAUGAAUACAACAUUGGGUUCGGCACCUGCUCGGGGAAGAUUGUUCCUCCAUUGCCUUGAUGAUGUUAUCGCCAAGUGUUGGAUGCUUCAGUUUCUCUUGUCAUUAGAUUUAGGAAUCGCUUUCUACAUGACUGUGCUGAAUGAACUGUUGCCAUAUUUCAAACCGAAUUUGAUAAAGAGUUUGGAAGUCUAUAUUUGAUGUUUACUAAUGGUAUAACAUCGUGGUUAAACUUGAA